GAAUGGCUCGCUCGAAAGGUGUGAGUUGCACAACGCGUAAACACACAUUUCUGCAGGACGGUAAACCGCACGGGAAAAUAAAGACUGGUAAAGCGGGUAAAAUACACAGCAGCUGGUGGUGAGUGCUCUAAAGCUAGUGAGAAAUGGAAAUAUUUGUGUACCGUGGCGAGUGGGGACUUCCAUCGAUUGACUACGAAUGCAGUCGACUGCUGGCAUAUCUGAAAUUUUCCGGCGCGAAAGUAACGGUCAACUUUAAUGGGAAUCCCUUCAGCUCGCCCAACGGCAUGCUGCCGUACAUGAUAGCGGAUGGCAAGAAGAUCGCCGGCUAUGGCCGGAUCGUUGAGCAUCUGGUAGCGGCCGGGAUAGGGCCACCGACCGCGACGGACAGGGCGGAAAACGUGGCAGACGAAAGUAGCCAGCACGCUACACAGAUCAACGGGUACAUGCAGUAUGUGCAGGAGAAUUUGCACCCCUACUUCAUGUACAUGCUGUGGGGCGAUCCGAAGAACGUCGACACCACGCGCACGGUGUAUGCGAAGCGCAUUCCAAUUCCGUUCAAUUUCUACUGCCCGCGAAAGUACGUGCUGCGCACGAACGAUAUCACGCAAUCGUUGGUGGGGUUUUCGUUAGAGGAUUCGAUCGAAUUUCACGACGUAGCUGAGUUCCAACACAACGCCAAAACUUGCCUAAACUGGGUAGCUGCGAGGCUGGAGGAGAGCCGCUGGUUUACCGGUGACCGGCCGACGGAAGUGGAUGCUUUACUGUACGGGUAUCUGUCGGUUUUGCUUAAGCUUACCCUACCGAACAAUGUACUGCAGAACCACAUCCGCCAGUGUCCGAAGCUAAUGCAGUUCGUCGAUCGAACGACGGCGACAUACUUUGCGAAGGAAGGCUUUAAUAGUUUUACCGCAUCCGGACAUGCUGGCAACGGUCAGCAGAAGGGCACUAGCACGGGAAGCCCGAACGACACUUCCUCAUCAUCCUCGGCCAGCGGUGGCGAGCGAUCGGAGAAGAGUGGGAAUGAUACAACCUUUCACACCGGUCAGCAGCAAGACCCGGACGAUGGUCCGAAGGAAAGGCGAAAGCGUUACAUUCUGUCAGGAUUAGUGGCCACCGUGGCAAUGCUUGGAUAUGCAGUUCUAAAUGGUAUUUUAACGCUGCCUAGUGAUAGAAGUCACGGUGAUUUCCUACAAUAUGACGACCCCGGAGACUAUGAUGAUGAUGAUAAUUAAGUAAAGUUAAUAUAGACACAGUGCCGCUGUUGUGCUCCGGGAGCCCUUAUUCCGUUGUACGCUCAGAAACUCGGAAACUUAGCCGAAUGCUUUCAUGCGUUUAACAGGUAGUCGGUCGCUUAGAUCACGUAAUGCAUCCUAGCUGAAGUUUGUGAACAAGACCACCAAUACCAAAUUGGCCAUCGAGUGCGCCGUCGAGUGAUGAAGCUUAUCAUAAAGCGUGUUACACCAUGCGUUAUUACACUUAA